AUGGCGACCUUGCGGUCGAGGAAGUUUCUAAGUUGCUUCUAUUGCGGUAGAAGGUCUAGAUUACGAUUCGAAGGCCAGAAAUCAUUUCUCUGUCUGAACUGCGAUGCGACAAAUUGGUUAGACGAAUAUGGAAGUAUUACCGAUCCUCCUACGUCGUCGUCCGUCGAGCGCCCUCAGGUCCAGUUCGCUAUUCCUCGUUCAUCAGUACCCCGCUCGCCAACGCGAUCAAUAUCCCCGAAUGGCGAACCAACAAUGCUCACCAGUUCGCUUGCGCAAUUUGAGUGGCCGGAUGACCAUAACAGUGCCGAAUAUGCCGCCCGAGAGAAGAGAUAUUGGGCCCUUCGAAAGGAUCUUGAGAAAAGAUACCCUCAGAUGUGUGCUGUUUGUGAACCAAAGGUAGAAAAGAAGCUGCACGAAGCAAGCUACACGGCGCAAACCGACCACCUACGCCGAAUGAUGGACCGUACGCGGUCGAGUCGACAGGAUGUGAAGAGGCGAGGAAUGCUAGACGCAGUCGACUGGGCAGGAAGAUGGGUAUGGAAUCUUGGCUUCGCACUCCAGUUCAUAUGGCACAUCGCUAUGCUUUGGUCUCUUGUCAUAGGACUAUAUGGUCUAAGCGGAACAGAUUCGUGGAUGACUAGGAUUUUAAAGGGCGUACAUCAGUACGGCAGCGAUCGAUUACCUCGUACAGAUCAACUCAUGCAAUGGGCGAUUGGUUUCGGAUUAUGUUCACUUCCGUGGAAUCCGCGCUUCAAACAGACGAUACGGGGCUUCACGUCGCAUUAUCUCGGAUUUAAGCAUUGGUACACGUACCAGUUUCUUAUAUUAUUAGUACGAUAUGCCGGCCUCUCGAUGUCACAGUACAGCUCCUCGGAAGGGCUGCAAAUACCGGCACAACUAGGCGCACAACUCGCCAUAGCUUUAUUGAUGACCUUUAUCUAUCACGCAUCUCGGAAGUCUAUUCAUACAGAUACAACACCUCUCUUUCGACCUCGUCAGAAGGUAAAUAGUUCGCAACAGUCCCCAGUUGCGUCAAAACCGCAUAGGGAUCAAAACGACCUUGGGAGCAUACUCGAUGAAAUAUCCCAAUCACGUGUUGAGCCUACACCAUAUUCUCCUCAGAGUCCAAACACUUAUCAAACCAACCGCGGAUAA